GAUGUAAAAACUAGUUAUCUUGGCAUUCAUAGUUGCAAUAACAGCUGCUAAGUUUGUUGACAUUCAUACAACAUUAGCUCAAAUUAAUGCUGACCCAUUUGGACAUGUUGUAUUGUCUGCAAUAAAGGCCCAUCUCCAAGCCUAGACCCCAGCUAAUGAAGUUAACAUGUUGUUAAAUGCUGUAGGUGCAGGCAUAGUUUAAGAUUAAAAUGAUCAUGAUCAUAAUUUUGAGUUGGAUACAACUACUAACAACAGAGUAAUGGUUUAUUAAAUAUUCAGAUAGUUGAGGACUUAGAGAAGGAAAUCUUGUAUCAUUAGAAUUAAAUAGCUGCAAACACAUAAUUGAGAGAUGACACAAUUGAAGCUCUUGCUGUUUCUGAAGAAGACAUUAGAGUUACAAUUCAAGAUAUUGCAAAUAAUGAAGUUACAUAAGCUAGAGAAGAGGCAACAAGAAAUCAACAACAUGAAACCUUCGUUUCUAAAGUUGCUGCUAUUGAUGAUGUGAUUGAUGCCAUUGAUGAUGCUGCCAAACUUAUCUAACAUUUAAGUUUAGGUGCCUCAUUUGCUUAAAUCAAAACCAAAUUUGACUCACUUCAAAAGAAGCUCUCUGAUAAUACAACACAUUCUGCUCUGUUAUAAGUAUUAUUUAAUUAUUAUUUUUUAGCCUGUCAUUGCAGCUUUGACAGAACUUGCUACUCAUGGAGUUAAUUAAAAAGCAUUAACAAAAAUUGCCCAACUUUUAAGUGAAAUCAGAUAACAAUUAGUCUAAGAAAAGACUGCCAAGACAGUAUAAUUAUGUUUUCUAUAAACUAUUUAAGGAUGUUGAAGAAAGAUAAGCAGCUCAUUGGGCUGAAUUUUCUGUUCAUUUGGCAAAUGAACAUACAAGAUUGGUUGAAAGAAAGGCCUAAUUGGAAGUAUAAAUCCAAGAACAAAAAGAUACUAUUGAAGAUGCCAUUUCAUGGAUUGAAUUUCAUUCAUUAGAAUUGGAAAAUAGUGAAGAAAGACUUGCUGGAUAAUAAGCAUGGUUUUCUGUCUAAUCAUAAAUAUAUGAAACUUAAACAGCUGAAAGGUAUCUCCAAUAUUCUAACAUGUAGAACUGCUUAAUAAGAAAUUGUUGACAGACUCUAAGAACACAUUAGCGAAAAAUUGUAAACCACUGCUUAAUUUAUUGCCAGCAGAAACUGAUUU